CUUCAUGCUGACAGCUGAGAAGCAGGUCAGUCAGGUUCUUGGGUGCUGCAUUACACAAGCAAGAUACAGCCAGCUCCUCCUAAUUUUGUUUCUCUGCCACCCUCCUGCUUAGUGGGACGGCGCCACAUUUAACCCAUCUGCUUUCUCUAAUGCAGGGCAGACUCAUUUUAGCCAGGACAGCUGUGACAUUUCAGUUCCUGUUUGUAAACAACCUCCUAGACUUGAAGAUUCCCCUAUACCAAAGAAGGCUACAAUGUUGACCUCAGCCCAAACUCUAUUGCUUUCAACCUUGUUUAGUUUACUAUUAUUUGUAAGCCAUGGGAAAGAAAGUCUGGAAGUAAACACAACAAAAAAUAUUGCAGAAGACUUAAAACACAUGGCAAAACAAUAUCUUCCUUGGAGAAGUGGAGCAGAUUUCAACUUAGGUGAAGAAAAUAUAGAAACUUCCAGUCCCAAGACAAGAAAUUCCUCUCUUUGGGAUCCAUCAAAUAAAAGUGAUGAAACAACAGAUUUUAUGGAUAAUUUGACAACAAAUUCCCCCAGGAGUCCAAGACCCACACCUGCAUCUUCUGAAAGCACUUCCUUGAUCCACAGCUUUGUUUCUAAACUGCCUCAGAACUCAUCUGCAACAGAUGGAAAUUCUCUGUCUGUCUCAUCACCUCCCAAUGCUACAUCUGCUGCAUCCUCAGUGUGGUCCCUGGCCAAUGAUACCAUGAAAACUGACAACAGUUCCAUUACAGUUAGCAUCCUUCCCUCGGCACUGACCACCACAAACCCCAUGACAACGGAACCAGAUUUAUGGCUUAACAUUACUAAUGAUACCUUUGUGGAGUUUACCCCCUAUCAGGAAAUGACUCAACAGCCCACCUUAAAAUUCACCAAUAAUUCAAAAAUCUUUCCAAAUACAUCAGAUCCCCAAGAAGAGAAUAGAAAUACAGGAAUAGUAUUUGGGGCCAUUUUAGGUGCUAUUCUGGGUGCUUCCUUGCUUAGUCUUGUUGGCUACUUGUUGUGUGGAAAACGGAAAACAAAUUCAUUUUCUCAUCGGCGACUUUAUGAUGAUAGAAAUGAACCAGUUCUGCGAUUAGACAAUGCACCGGAACCUUAUGAUGUGAGUUUUGGAAAUGCUAGUUAUUACAACUCAACUGUGAAUGGUUCAUCCAUGCCAGCAGGUCAAGAAAAUGCACGAGAUGGUAUCCCAAUGGAUGACAUUCCUGCACUCCGUACCUCAGUAUAAAACUAAGGGGAAAGGGGCUUCAGAUGGCAAGUGUUUGCCUACAUCCUGACCUUUUCACCAACCCAAGUUCCAAAAGCUGAAGUAAGAUAUCUGUCAUAUGGCUUGUGCCAAGAAGAACUGUAAAAGCCUGAGCCUCGUAGCAGAAACAUAAAGAGAUGA